GUCAGCUAAAACACAAAAGCGAGGUCCAGCGACGGUGACGUAGUAAUUGCGCGCCCGACUUCAUUGUGAAAGUGAUACAUACAGUUCACAGUCAUGUUCGUACCGGUGGGAUCUGAGCAGGAUUUUCCGAGUGAUUCUACUCUGCUGCUGCCAGCCAUAUCAGUUGGAAAUGUUGGGCAGCUAGCCAUUGAUUUGAUUAUUUCAACACUGAACAUCCCGAAAGUGGGGUAUUUUUACACAGACUGCCUUGUACCUAUGGUGGGAAACAAUCCAUAUGAAACCAAUGAAGAAAACGCUAAGGAACUGUGUACAAAUGCUGAAGUGUAUGCACUGCCAUCCCAGAAACUUGCAGUUCUCCAGCUAAGAUCACUUGUUAUAAAGAAAAAAUCCAAAUCCUUCCGGCAAGCCCUGGUUUCCUGGAUUAAAAGAUGUGCAUUUGCCCGAGUGAUUCUUCUCUCAAGUUGCCAUGCUUAUCACAGGGAUGAUAAACAGCUUUUUGGAACGCCAUUCCGUUACUUGGUCACUCCAGCUUUACAGAAAUCUGUGGCAGAUGUGCUAAGAGAACUGGAAUGGAAGGAAAUGGAAAAAGUGUCUUCUUACCCAGAGCUGAAUGAUAACGAGAAAAAGCUUUUCAUUCCAGGAGGAGGAUUCACAAAGGCAUUUUAUAAUGAUUGUUGUUUAGAAGACCUGCAGAUGGCUGUUGUGUUAAAAUUCUGUUCUGAAGGUGACAACGUACCCGAUGCCUUCUCUCUUCUUAAUCAAGUCAAUGAGUGGCUUCAUUUGGUAGAGCCAACAAAUGGUGAUGUCAAAUGGAAGUCACCUAGAUCCUGGCGGUUGCUGUUUGGUAGUGGUUUGCCUCCUGCCAUCUUCUAAUGGAUUUGGGAGUUGGGUGUCAAAUGAAUGAUGCAACAAAUCUUAUAGGGGGGGCUAGUGUCCCGCAUGGAACCAAUUUCUAAGACCCGGACCCGACCCAAACCCGCAGCCCGUGACCUGAACAACAACCCGCAUAUUUACCACUUUGAUUCCGCAACCUGACCCAGACCCGCAACUGCCUUAGCAACAACCCGCCGACCACCAUCAAACAGGAAGUGAUGUUGCAGUGAACCGGAAGUGACGUCAUCAAAAGUGGGCAGGGACAGAAACAAAUUUUGUAAAACUUAAAAAGGAGUAAAAUAGACAAUAUAACAUAAGAAAUUUAGACGAGACCCGCAACCCGACCCGCAGGUAUACCCGCAUCUGAAAAUUCUUCCAUUCAUUCUGCACGGUGAUCGCUUUUUUUGCAGGUAACCUGAGGGUACACGACCCGCUGCAGGACUCUAGGGGGCUCCCUUUCCUAGCAGAUGUAUUGACAAAAUAACUGCCUUUUGCACAAAUCCAGCAUGUAGAGAGACACGAUGGUGAUUUUAA